AUGGACGAGCAGCGAUUCGUAGCGCUGCUGCAAGCGCUCACGGAGCCGGACACGCAAAAGGUCAAGGCGGCCACCAGCGAGCUCAACAAGACCUACUACACCAGGCCUGAGUCCGUGGUGGCCUUGAUCCACGUCGUGAUCAGCCACGACGACGGCGCCCUGAGGCAACUUGCCGCCAUCGAGGCACGCAAACAGGUCAACAAGCACUGGACGCAGGUGCCAGAAGAGCAGAAGAGCCAGCUCCGCCAGCAGCUGCUGCAAAGCACGGUCAACGAAGAGAAGACGCUUGCGAGGCAUAGCAAGUCGCGUGUAAUUGCUGCCAUCGCCAAGAUCGACCUUGACGGUGGACAAUGGCAGGAGCUGCCCGGCACAUUGCAGCAGGCUGCCACCAGCAACAACGCCAAGCAGCGCGAUGUCGGUAUCUACAUCCUCUACACCCUGCUUGAGGCGAUGCCCGACAUCUUCCAGGAGAACAUGGCUUCCAUCUUGAACCUCUUCAACCAAACAAUUCAGGACCCCGAAUCGACCGACGUCCGCAUACACACCAUGUUGGCUCUCUCAGAGCUCGCCAUGGUACUCGACACCGAGGAGGACACGCAAAACCUCAAGCUCUUCCAGAACACCAUCCCACACAUGGUUAAGGUCCUGCAGGGCACUAUCGAAGCUGAAGAUGAGGAGCACACUAUGCAAGCAUUUGAUGUCUUCAACAAGCUGUUGAGCUACGAAAGCGCCUUCCUCAACCAGCACUUCGGCGACUUGCUGCAAUUUUUCAUCCAUGUGGCGCUCAAGACCGAAAUCGACGACGAGAUCCGAUCUCAAGCCAUCUCUUGGUUGAUGCAAGCUGUGCGAUACAGGAAGCUCAAGGUGCAGAGCUUGAAGGUCGGCGAGCAAUUGACCAAGAUGUGCCUUCAAAUCGCCACCGAGCUUGACGAGCUUCCUUCAGAGGAGGACGACAUCUCCCCUGCUCGAUCUGCUCUCGGCCUCCUCGAUAUUCUUAGCGAGAGCCUUCCGCCCAGCCAAGUUGCUGUACCGCUCCUCAAGGCUAUCGGUCCUUACGUCCAGGAUAGCCGCCCAGAACAUCGACGAGCAGGUAUUUUGGCUCUUGGCAUGUGUGUAGAGGGAGCACCAGAUUUCAUCUCAACACAGCUUAAGGAGAUUCUGCCACUGGUGCUCCAUCUCUUGGAAGAUCCGGCCACUACUGUGCGCAGUGCUGCCCUCAAUUCAGUCGCCAGAUUGGCGGAUGAUCUCGCUGAGGACAUGGGUAAGGAGCACGCACAGCUCAUUCCAGCUCUCAUCCGCAACUUUGAUCUCGCACUUCAGGGCAUGCGAAACACGCCACAAGGCACAAAAGAGCACGAGCUUAACACACACAUCGUCAAGGCUAGUGCUAUGGCUGUCGACUCCUUGAUUGAGGGCCUUUCACCCGAGGAUGCUGCCAAAUACGUCAACGAUCUCAUGCCUCGCUUCGCAAUGCUUCUCGAGCACGAUGACUACAAAGUACAAAUGGCCGCCGUCAGUGCUAUUGGUAGUAUCGCCAGUGCCUCUGAAAGCGCCUUUCAGCCAUACUUCGAGAAGACGAUGCAGACCCUUGGCAAGUACAUCAACAUCAAGGACAGCGAGGACGAACUUGAGCUCCGAAGCAUGGUUAUCGACUCUCUUGGCAAGAUUGCAAGUGCCGUUGGUGCACAGGGGUUCAAGCAGUACGUGCGCCCGCUCAUGGAGGCGAGCGAGGAAGGGUUGAAAUUGGACAACCAGCGACUGAAAGAGACGAGCUAUAUCUUGUGGAGCACGCUCGCGAGGGUGUACGAGGAAGACUUUGAGCCUUUCUUGGACGGUGUCGUCAAGUCCUUGUUCGAAUGCCUUGAGCAAGAAGAGACAGAUUCCGAAGUCCAGCUCGGUGCCGAAGCAUCAGACCUUGUCGGACAGGAAAUCACCAUUGCCGGCAAGAAGAUCAGGGUCGCUGGCGCUGGUGGCCAGAACGAAGAUGACGAAAUCGACGAAGAAGAGGUCGUCAAGGCUCUCAUGGAGACCGAGGAUGACGAUGAUGAUGACUGGGACGACCUUGGUGCUGUUACUGCUGUUGCAAUGGAAAAAGAAAUUGCCAUUGAGGUACUUGGAGAUGUGCUCACUCACUCAAAAAGCAAAUAUUUGCCAUACAUGCAGAAGACCAUCGAGACCGCACUUCCGCUGCUCGAGCACACAUUCGAGGGUGUGCGAAAGAGCGCCAUCAGCACCCUUUGGCGAGCCUAUGCAUGCCUGUUCGGUUUGGCAGAGGAUGGGGGAAUGCAGAAGUGGAAACCAGGCCUUCCGCUCCAGGUCAAGCCUGGCGCCGAUCUUGAGAAGCUCGGCGAUCUUGUCAUGCGAGGUACAUUGAUACUGUGGGAGGAGGAGAUGGACCGUGCAACGGUCACGGAAAUCAACCGCAACUUGGCCGCCACUCUCAAGCUCUGUGGACCAGCAGUACUUGCCCCAGGUGCCAGCUCACAGAACUCUACUCCAUUGGAGCAGAUCACCUCCUCGAUUAUGCUCAUUCUAUCUCGCAGCCACCCGUGCCAGAAGGACGAGGAUGAGUUCGACGAGCCUGCUCCUGUGGAAGCAGAGUCUGCGGAGUAUGACUGGCUCGUGGUAGAGACCGCGAUGGAGGUCAUCACGGCACUCGCCGUCGCUCUCGGCGAACAGUUUGCAGAGCUGUGGAAGAUCUUCGAGUCUCCCAUCGUCAAGUACACAUCAUCGCAGGAACGUUUCGAGCGAUCUGCCGCCGUUGGUACCAUGGGUGAGUGUGUUGAGGCAAUGGGCGCUGCCUGCACUCCAUAUACCUCGCGCUUGAUGAAACUGCUCCUCAAGCGCCUCACAGACGAGGACCCAGAAACCAAGAGCAAUGCUGCUUUUGGCAUGGGCCUUCUGUGCUUGAACAGCACGGAUGCUAAGGAAAUUCUGCCAAAUUACAACAAGAUUCUUGGUCUUCUUGAGCCUCUUUUGCACCGCAGCAGCAGUGGCGACGAGUCCGAAGCUCGUCUGCUUGACAAUGCUGCCGGCUGUGUCAGCCGCAUGAUCAAGAAGUCUCCAGAGAACGUCCCACUCGACCAAGUCCUACCACACCUUGUGGACUUGCUGCCGCUGAAGGAGGACUUCCGAGAAAACGAACCAGUCUUCGACAUGAUCGUGGCUCUCUACCAGCAGCAGAACUCGGUGAUCCAAGGUCUGACCGCCAUGCUCAUGCCUGUGUUCGAGCAGGUCAUGGGCGAGCCUCAAGACCAGAUCAGCGACGAGACCAGAGGCAAGCUCACGGAGCUGGUCAAGUAUCUGAAGGGCUAG